AAGAACAUCACUACGCCGCGUGCCCCACCGCCCGCGCCCGCGGGGCCCCGCGCGCGCCUGUCACAUCUCUUUUGUUUUUACAUCGUUCACAUCAGAGCAACUACGCAAUUUUAAUGUAUUUCCUUGUAACAAGAUAUUCUUGGUAGUAAACCGUUUGAAACACGAAACAGCGUCUCCUUCAUCUAUAAGAAUCCCGAACAAUUUUUGGCGACCGUGACAGGACUCCGCAAAAAGGAGAAAUUCGAGGCGAUGCACGGACUCGACGUGGAAGGCUUGGACAAAAUGGCGGCAUAGAAGAAAAUGAGAAAAAACGGCGGAGGCUUGGCGUUUGGAGCGUUGAACUCGAGGAUAGUGCUCGUUCCAAUCCUAUCAUUUCAUCCAAGAUCCGUGUAGCUUUUUUCUGCGCAAUUUUCACCGUUAAUUUGCUCAUAACGUGUAUUUCCCAAAACAUUUCUAUGUAACAUUGGAUUCAUAUAAUUUAUUUCUUUUGCAUUUGUCUUCAACAUCUUUUAAACCCUAGUCAACUAGCAGUGCUGCUAAGUCAAAGUGCUUAUCCACCCGGCUGAAAUUUUCAGAACCGGUGCGCGCGCUCGCACCCAACGCUUUGGCUCGGACCCCACGCUUGGGAACCCCUUGUGUAUGCUACGGCACCCAGCAAUUAUCCUCAACCUUCGCUACUUCACAGCUGCUUCAAGGGUUUGCUUCAAACAGAGGUAUUUAUAGUGCCUUUUAUUAUUUUGUUGUGCAAAGUGCGGUGAAGCGUUUUUGUUCAUUUCAUUUUCAAGUGCAAGUAAUUACCAAAGUUUGAGUUGUUGUUUAAUUUGUUGCAAUGGCUGACGCUAAGGAGCUUAGGAUAAAGAGAGGGUCGAUAAAGGGCAGGUUGACAAAUUUCAAAGGUUAUUUGCAAUUGUUAAAAGGUUUGACAACGUUGACUGCGCUGCAGACUAAAGAGUUACAAAAUAGACUAGCAAAGAUAGAAGAGUUAUUCUCUGAAUAUGACACAGUGCAGUCUAAUCUAGAGCUUAAAGAACAUACUAGUGAAACUCCUUCAGAGUCUAUUUUUGCUGAAAGAUAUGAGACAGAAAAUAUAUUUUAUUCAGUUAUUGCAGAAGCCCAAGAAUUAAUUGAGAGAAAUAUUGUAGAUUGUUCAGGAAACUCAGCGACUGAAACUAUAAAUAAUGCAAAUUUUCAAAAUUCAAUGGUAAACAAUGUUAAAUUACCCAUUGUUCAGUUGCCUACAUUUAGUGGUGAUUUAAACAAGUGGUUGGAAUUUCAUGACGUUUUUGCUUCUCUAAUUCACGAAAAUGUUACUUUGUCAAAAAUUAUUAAAUUUCAAUAUUUAAAGGGCUCAUUGAUAGGAAAUGCUGCUUCAGUAAUUGAGUCACUGGAGCUUUCCGAUGCGAACUAUGAUAUUGCAUGGAACUUGAUUUGUGAUCGCUUUAACAAUAAACAUCAAUUGGUUCACUCACAUCUUAGGUCAUUAUUUGAUAUUCCCAUAAACAACAAGGAAUGUGAGCAAUCAUUGAGGUUUCUAGUUGACCAUAUUUCUAAAAAUCUAAGAGCAUUGAGUAGUUUGGGGGAGAACACAGACAAUUGGGAUUCUUUAAUAAUUUUUAUGUACUCUGCCAAGUUAAAUAGUGUUACUUGUAGCAAAUGGGAGGAACACAAAAUUAACAUGACAAACAAGCCAACAUUAGAAGAUUUUUAUCAAUUUUUAAGGAAAAGAGCAGAUCUAGUUGAAUUGCUCUCAGCGGGAGGUAGUGACAAAGGUUUCAAGCCACCCAACAAAUUUCAAAGGGCUUUUGUUGCUGCGUCUUCUGAUAGGGCCAUGGCAGGCCAACAACAGAGGUCAUGUAUGGUUUGUGAUGGUGAGCAUUUGGUUUACUAUUGCAAAAAGUUUCUAAAUAUGUCACCGGAGAACAGACUUCAACAAAUUCUCAAGUUAAAAGCAUGCAUUAACUGUCUCCGUAGCGGGCAUUUUGUUCACCAGUGCAAAUCAGGGCCAUGCAAUAUAUGUAAAAGAAAGCAUAACUCUCUUUUGCACUCAGAUAAGUCCAAUGAACCUGUACAGGGUGCAGAAGAGAGGUCAACAGUUACUAAAUCUACUUCACUAUCAACAUGUAUUUCAAAUCAAGUAUUGUUGUGUACAGCUAAUGUCAUAUUAACAAACAAUGAGACAAAUCAAAGCCAUCAGGCUCGUUGUCUACUAGACUCGGGGAGUCAAUCAUCAUUUGUUAGCAAGGAUCUGAAAGACAAAUUAGGUAUAAAAGGUGAUUUCAUGAAUUCAGUAUGUGUCACUGGUAUANGUGUUCAGUUUAACGGCAAUCUUACCGCCAUCGCCGGUGCGUUCACGGCGCGAUCAUAG